AUUGAGCUGUUAAGUUUUUUAUUGAGAUGGUAUCAGAGCAAGGUUGUUGAGAGUUGGUUUAAGUUUUAUUGUUUGUUGACUUGCUGAAGUGCUUCAUAGUUUUUUUUUUCUUUCAAAAUGAAUGCUGGAAAUGGUUCUUCACCAAAUGUAGGUAAGCUUGUUGGUAAUAAUUACCAAUAUUGGAGGCUUUGCAUGGAAGCUUAUCUACAAGGUCAAGAUUUAUGGGAUCUUAUUGCCAGUGCUGAAUCUGUAAUUCCGGAUGAUACUCCACAGAAUGGUGAGCUGCGUCGAAAAUGGAGGAUCAAAUGCGGUAAAGCUUUGUUUGCUCUACAGACAUCGACCAGUAAGGACUACGUUGAUCAUGUUUGUGAUAAGGAUACACCAAAGCUAGUGUGGGAGACUCUUGAAAGGUUUUUUACUAAGAAGAAUACAAUGAGGUUGCAGUAUUUGGAAAAUGACCUUACUGGAGUAACACAAGGAAAUCUGUCUAUUCCAGAAUACUUUUUUAAAGUUAAAAACCUUUGUUCUGAAAUUUCAGAGUUAGAUACGGAGGUGCCCAUCAGCGAUGCACGAUUGCUUCGUUAUCUCAUUCGUGGUCUGCGGAAAGAGUUCAUGCCAUUUAUUUCCACUGUGCAAGGGUGGGCAACUCAGCCUUCUAUUGUAGACCUGGAGAAUUUGCUUUCGAACCAAGAAGCAUUGGUUAAGCAAAUGACCAGGCCCAUCUCUGAAGUUGAGGAUGUUCUCUUCACCAAAGACAAGUGGAAAAAUAGAGGUGUCCCAAAGCAUUCAUCAAGUGAUGGCAAGCAGGCAAAAGCGGAAAUGGAGUCAGAUGGAAAUUCCAAAAGUUGCUACAGGUGUGGGAAGCUGGGGCACAUCAAGCGAAAUUGCCAGAGUGAAGGUUGUAUGUAAUAGGUGUGGAAAACCAGGCCACAUCAAACAAAAUUGUCAUGUUAAGCUUGUGGAUGAAAAUGCAAAUGUUGUACACGAGAACAAAGAUUCUGAUCAGCUCAAAUAGGAGCAUUGCCUUUCUACUGAAGUUGUUGAACAACCAGGUAACGUGGAUUCUGUUGUGCACCAGACUAUUGCACAUAAGGAUUCUAAUAUCUCCAUCAAUUAUGAGAAGGAGUGGAUUGUCGAUUUUGGUUGUUCCCAUCAUACAACGGGUAAUGCAUCUCUGCUUUCAGAAGUUCAACCGCAUAAGGGGAACCGAGCUAUUGUUACAGCUGAUAAUUCAAUACAUCCGGUAGUGAAAGAAGGCCACUUGGAUGUUAAGGUUGAUAGCUCGAAUGGCAACAACAUUGUUUUUAGUGAUGUUUAUCAUGUUCCGGGGUUGAAAAAGAAUCUUGUGUCAGUUUCUCAAAUCACCGACUCAGCUCAAAUAGGAGCAUUGCCUUUCUACUGAAGUUGUUGAACAACCAGGUAACGUGGAUUCUGUUGUGCACCAGACUAUUGCACAUAAGGAUUCUAAUAUCUCCAUCAAUUAUGAGAAGGAGUGGAUUGUCGAUU